GGCUAAACACCCCCUAACCUAUUACAUAAUCAAAUCUCAAACGGACCUGAUUCACACCUCCCAAAACAUCUCAUUUCAUUCAUCUGUUUCGUCCCCUGUUGGUCUUCUUCCUUACCUUGCCGAUCGGCGCCACCGCGCUACUAGCCUUGCUGUCACCGCCGUUAGACUUUCCGGCGUUGGUUCUCUACUCGCCGCUAGUGCUCAUCGCUUGUCGCCACUAAUCUCCACUCGCCGCCACUGCUCUUCGUUCGUCGUCGCUAGUCUCCACUCGCCUUCGGUGUAGAGGAGAAGACGAAGAGAGAGGGAGAGAUGCAGCAGAGGAAACCUACAAUUGGAAAUGGGAGGCCAUCCGGAACGGACGGUUCUGAUUUCUCCUAUCGUAUGGUCGUCGACUCAAGGUAUACAAAGGUAGCAAAAGGGAAGUCUCGUCUCUCCUCACUCAUCUUCAUUCAGGUGAUUGUUCAAUUGGUAGGACUGCUGAACUUCUUGCUAUCAAUACUGAAGGAGGAGAGUCUUGACACGCUUGCUGUUUCAUCCAUUGUUAUCAGUUUUCUUUCCCUCUUAAUAGGAGAAUUAGGCCGAAGACGCAGCAGAGUGAACUUUUUGAAGUUUUUCAUGUUUGCAUCAUCUAUGGCAGUAUUGAUCUCAAUUGCUGGUGCUGCUAGGAGUAAUGUCUUGGUUGAGAUGUUUUGUAGGGUUCUAAACCAAAUAAAGCAUUUGAGGAUGCUUUGGUCAUCUGACAACUUGGUUUGGUUUGGUUAUCCAAGAUACAAGUCAGUGGGAAGUAAACAAAUUUGAACUUGUCAAGAUUGCAGGUGCUCCUCUACUUGGAUUACUGGUACAGAUAUUUGCGAUCAGUACAACGAUUUCUCUUAUUCAGAACAUGUCUCCUCCUAAGAGAGCUUCUUGAUGGCUUUUUGUAGUUAACAUUAGUUCACAUGUCUUGGUGGCUAUAGAAGCAACUCUCUUUUGCUUCUUCAUGUAUCCAGUGUUUCUCGUCAUUCUGUUCCCCUUUUUUGCAAAGCAAAUUUUGGAAAAUUGUGAUGACUGUUCAAUGCUUCCAUUAUAGUUUCUUGGGUGUUAUAGCCUCAUGAGACCUUUGUUCAUUGGGAAUGAUGUAUUUCAGUAAUUUUUGUUCCGACUUGUUAAAACAUUUUAGUGAGUGAUUUGUAGAUACCGUAAACUGGAGAUGCUCUGUCUCUUAUAUUAUUUGGCUCAUCAUAGUACAUGUAAUUACAGAGAAUUGAUAACAAUCUGAAAUCUCAAAUGUUGUCAUUAAAUUUGAGGGGUGAUGAUUGUUUAAAUUA